AUGAGUGCAAAAUUUGUUGGUUCUAUUAUUGCUGGUAUAUUAUUUUUAAGUUUAGUUGAAUCGAAAUUGUUAGAUACGAGCAAAUAUUUCCAAUCGAGACAAAAACGAGCAAUUAUAUGGAGUGAUGCAGGUAUCAGUUGGGUUCAGUUUAUUUUUGGAUUGGGAUUACCAUUAGAAGUGGAACAUCAUGCCAUAACAUUAGGAACAGUAUUCAAAGCAUUUUAUGAAUUACCUACAAAUGCCAGUGUAUACACACAACCCAGUCUACCAGUUCUAGGGAGAAGUAAAAGAUCUACGUCGAGAUGGGUUUUAUAUGAAGUUUUAGAACAUAUGAUAGCAAGGUAUAACAAUGGAGACGGAAAGUCGUGUAUUUUGAAAAAUAUCUGCGAACUCGCUCAUUCUCCUUUGGAACAAAGAUCGGGGUUGCUUGCAGAAAUAGUUACUGCGAUUUUAAAGCCGUCAUUAACCGAAGAAGAAUUCCUUUAUCCAUCGAAUAUGGAUUACGUCUCUGCCGAAAAAAUAGGAAAGACAGCGGGACAUUGCAACUAUCAUUAUCCAAAUUGUAAAUUGAACUUGUUGGAACAAUAUUCUAGAUUUUUAAAAUAA